CUCAUAUGAUCGGACUGCUUCGGUGAGCUUCAGCUACGAGGAGCGACUUCCCAAAUGAGCACGUCAUUCGCGGCGGGCAUCGCUGCUCCCGCUAAGGCUUACAGGCGCUCAGCUGUAUGUUCUCUCUGCCACAUUGUCCUUGUCUCGGCUUGGGAAAGCGCAAAGCGCUACAGCCUAUAUCACCUUGGCAUCGUCUCUCAUAUCCACAUUGCAAAGCAGCAGGUGCUUAGAAUUAAGCACGAUUCACACUCCAGCACUCGUGAGGAAGACUUAGCACUUCCGCUGCAACUGACAGGGUGGAAGCUUAUUCCACAACCACGGCCCCGACUACAACCACGACUCUACACUCACUCCGCCCCUUGCCCUCAUAGCAUGCAGCAUUCUGAGGCCCGCGAUCGCGGAUUUCACACCGGUCACCGGCCUGUUUGGUCGUAUCAUGCAACCGGCGACCGAGCGUCGACACUCACCGCGGGGCAAACGUACCGGUUCCAGAAUGCGGGGAAGGCUGGAUGAUCAAGUACUAGCUGAUUAUAUUUGUGGUCUGGAAGUUCUAUCAAACAAGUCCCGCGAGAAGCUUAUCUGCAUCUAUUCAACGACUUGACU